AUGCCUCCACCUGACGAAAGUUCAUCAGGACAACAAGCGCCAAGCGCUCCAGUUUUGAAUUUUACUUCGAACUUUCCAGUUCCAAGCCCAAUGAAAAUAUCCGGCGACAGAGUCACAAAUUGGAAGUUCUUUCGACAGCAAUGGCAAGACUACGAGCUUGGCACCGGUCUCGAACAUCAUCCAGAACCAGUUCGUUUAGCAACCCUUCGCUCAGUCAUGGGGAAAGACUGUCUUGAGAUAUUUUUAAACCUAGAGUUGACUCCGGAAGAAAGGACAAGCGUGACCUCCAGUUUAAAAGCUUUGGAAGCAUAUUUCAAGCCAAAAACAAAUGUGGUCUACAAGAGAUUUCUGUUUAAUUCAGCUACACAAAGUUCCGAAGAGGGAAUAGACGAAUUUGUAAAUCGAUUGAGAAAGAUGGCUUCGUCGUGUAAAUAUGGCACGCUCACGGAUGAGAUGAUACGAGACAGAAUCAUAAUAGGUGUCCAAGAUAAAGCUUCAAAAAUACGGCUACUCAAAGAAGAUGAACUGGACCUGAAUAAAGCACUCAGUAUUUGCAGGUCUAAUGAAACGGCUUCCAAAUAG